CAUAAACAGUAUAUGCCGUGACUUCGGUGUGUUCGAAGCAGUUUGAUGUUCGAAUGCGCGCAAGUACAGAAGAAGCCGAGAUAAUGGUGAGAUAAUUUCUUUUAAUCGAAAUGCAGAGUAGUACAUUCUUUUGAUUAAUCGUACAUGGUUCGGAAAAAAACUUGACUAUGUUAUGUGGUCGUGAUUUAAAUACCGUCCUUCCGUAAAAUGGAUUCUUUAAUAAGAGAUAAUGUUAUGAGUGUAUUACUCGGGAAACUGCACGUGCUUCAUUAAAUUCGCAACACAACAGUUCAAGUAAUUAAAUGAUGAAAAAAUGUCUGAGAGAAUGAAAGAAUCUAGCAAGAGAAAUUAACUCGUUAAGUGAAUUGGAAACUCUUACUUAAAUGGAAUGGUACAAAGCAACAAUUCUUUACCGUGGCAAUAAAGGAAACUUUAUCAAGAUAGGAAAGAGAUGUCUGUUUAUCACGUGCCUUAAUUACCACGAUAAUGAUCUUCUUAUGGUAUGAUUAUCAAUGUGAUUGGCGUAUCUUACUGAAUGACAGACAAUCAUCAGUGUGUCAUGGAGGACGGUGGUCAAGUGCAUUCUAACACUCUUCUUGAGGAAACAUUUUAUGUUACGUCGAAGAAAAACACUUACUACAAGGUGAGACUAACAGAAAAGGGUCUCAGCUUAGAGAAAGACAAUAAUGGUGCGACGAAGGUUGAAACGAUCGUUCUAAACGACAUAAUAGGGUGCAGAUGUAUGCGUUCGAAACGCAAAAGCGCGGGAAGCUGUGUUUGUGGACCAGGUACCUCGAGAUCUCAAUUUAAGCUGGUCGAGUCUGUGGAAGCAUAUCAAUCCUACGAUGAGUUUGACACUUCGGCCUAUCUUUAUAUUUAUGCGUACACGCUGAAGAAGGCACGUAUGAAAGGUAUCAAGAGACGAGAAAGGACCACGAUUACGCUACGAUUCCGCAGCUUUGACAAAUACGAAGAUAAUCUACGAGAGGCCAGCAGGUGGCGAUUAGCUAUAAAAUGUCUCAUUGUUGGCUUGCCUGUGCCUAAAAGUUUUAUGAGCCCCAGUCACGAGAAUCUGGAAUCGUUGAUUAGCGCGUGUCCAGGUGAGCAACGAAAGAUUCUGGUGUUGCUGAAUCCAAAGUCAGGACCAGGAAGAGGUCGAGAAACGUUCCAGAAAAGGAUCCAUCCGAUUCUAUCGGAAGCUGAGAGGCCUUAUGAUGUUCACAUCACCAAGUGUCCCAAUUACGCACGCGAGUUCGUGCGUACGAGGGACAUCUAUCAAUGGAGCGGACUGCUGAUGGUCGGAGGCGACGGUAUCGUGUUCGAAGUAGUAAAUGGGCUUUUUCAAAGGCCCGAUUGGGAGAAAGCUCUGAAGGAAUUAUCCCUUGGUGUGAUACCCUGUGGUUCCGGUAAUGGUCUGGCGAAAUCCAUCGCGUACGCUAAACAGGAGCCGUACGAUUAUAAUCCUCUUCUCGUCAGCGCACUGUCCGUGGUGAAGUUUAAAAAGGCUCAGAUGGACCUGGUACGCGUUGAAACAAGGAAUCAGAUUCUAUUUUCGUUCUUAUCGGUCGGCUGGGGUUUACUCGCCGACAUUGACAUUGAGAGUGAACGUCUCCGUGCAAUAGGCGGUCAGAGAUUCACCAUAUGGACUAUCGCCCGGCUGAUAGGUUUGAGGACAUACAAAGGAAAAGUAUCUUAUUUAGCUUGCGAUAAAGUACCGUCCGUGGAGAAUUUGGGUAAUGGCAAGGCCUACAAUGAGUACGCACAGGAAACGCAGAUAUCGCAUUCAAGGAGCUGUGGCGAUGAUUUAGAUCGAUACAGCAAAAUCAGUGAAUCGAAAAGCUUCCAUGAUGCAAUCGAUGGAGAUCCUGCUAUUUUUGAUGGAUCGUUUGAUAGCUGUGAUGAUAACGAAAUAAUAAGCGAUAAUAUCACUCUGGAAACAGAAGCUGAGAGAAGACAGAGGCUAGACAGCUUCUACUCUGCGACAUCCGCAAAGUCAACUUAUUUUAGCACGGGAUCAAUUUCUAGUUACCAUAGCAUCGAUGAUCCCAAUAAUGAAGAUAUUGAUCCAGAGAACAGUAGUCAAGUUAUGUAUGGUCCAUCCUCAAGGCUGCCUGCUCUAACUUCAGAAGUAUCAAAUUCUUGGACGCAAAUUGAAGGAGAAUUCGUUAUGGUUCACGCGGCAUAUCAGUCUCAUUUGGGCCAGGAUUAUUUCUUUGCACCUCGUGCCAAAUUGGCGGACGGUGUUAUUUGGCUUAUGAUAAUAAAAGCCGGAAUUACUCGAGCUAAUUUACUCCAGUUCCUGUUGGGAUUAAAUAAUGGUACCCAUGUAACACGGUCUGGCGUCGACAUGAUACCGGUAAAGGCGUUUCGAAUAGAACCAGAAGAAGGAGCGAACGGUUACAUUACGGUGGAUGGAGAAAAAGUAGAUUAUGGACCUUUGCAAGCCGAGAUAUUCCCAUCUUUAGCGUCGGUAAUGUCUCCUUGAUACAAAUUAGCAUUACACUUCGUACAGAGUUAGCAAUGGAAAUCAAAUUGUACAAUCCUAAAAUCUUAAGUUCAAUAAGAUAUAUGUUAUGGUAGCAUGGCCUGGUGACAAUACUGUAUUAAUAUAUUCCAGUUCGCAAUACGUAAAUACGAUUUAGCUCACAGAAUUGCGAUAAAUGUACAUCCUAAACUAUGAUAUUAAAUCGUUUCAUCAGAUGUAUACGAGUACAUAUGUAUAAAUUAGCGAUAUUAAUGUAGCCAUAAUUUGUAUAGACUCAACUUGUUAUUUCCUAGAGGUUUAUCGUUUGUACGACAUAAUCCGAUGCUGUUAUUUGAAACUUUACAGACGUGUUUUACGCAUCAAAAUUAAAUACAUUGAAAAUACUAAUUAGAUUAAAACUUUUUUUAUUUUAAUUAAUUUUUUUAUCUCGAGAUAAUUUUAUAUCAGUAGUUUUAACUGUAAUAAAAAUUAAAGUAUUCCUCAUGCAUUUUUAAGUACAUUCCUAAUUGCAUUUCAUAAAUAAAAUUCGAUUGAAUUUGCACCCAAAGGAAAUAAAAAUUUCAAAAAUUCAUAUAAUUUCUCUCCUACAACGCAUUCAGUUUCCAAAAAAAGUCAUUUAAAGAUUAACAGCUAUUUAACAUUCCUUUGUAUAACUGUAAAAAUUGUAUAGCUUAAUUCUCUUUAGAACCUUUCCAUUUAUAAAUAUUAUAAAUAUCUUAUACGUAAGUUUUUUAAUUGUUUAAAAUGUAUAAAACGUCUGGAAAUUUUCGGAAGCGGUUGAUGAACCAUACCAUAUAACACCGUUUAAUAGUGCUUACUAACUAGUUAUCUAUAAUUUUAUUAAUUAGCCUAAAUCCUAACUUUUUGGACUAUUUCCUAUGCGAUAUAUAAUAGUAUAACUUCAAAAUAUUUCAUGAAUUUUAAGCUAGUUUUCCUAAUCCUCGAUUUACACAACGAAUUGGUCAUGAAAGUUAGAUAUAAAUCGAAAUCAAUAUUAUAACAGUAUAAUGAUAAGUUGAGUAAUUCGAUGAUUAGAUGUAUCUUCCUCUUCGUUAUUUACCAAAGUAUUAUUAAAAUUCAUCAAGGAUUAACGAUAAUUUCCUCCGUUCAAUACCUUCUGGUUGUUCUUUCAGUAAUGUAAAUAAGAACAUGUAUUGUAUUUCUUAAACGAUUGUAUAGCAUAUAAUACGUUAUAGUUUCCAUUGUAAGCAUAAAAGAAUUAAUUUCGAUCUUCUCGGUCGAAUUUGUAAAGAUUCUAAUUCUAAUUCUAAAGAUUCUAAUUUUUUAAGCUUGUAUGCAUUUUAUCGACCAGGUUGUUAUUAUCACGCGGUCUAAAUGCUGGCAUACAGUAUUGAUUUAAUCGCGAUAGUUCUCAAAUCUUGUACAUUUAGACGCAUGUUAGACUAAAGAAAGAACAUGUCAAUCUUUCGAUACAACGCACAGAUACCGUCUUUUGACCUUACGCUUACGAAAUAUUUUUUCGAGACAUUAUUAGCCGCUAUAAGAACGACAUAAAAACAUAUCAUGAUAAUUAACAGAUAAUACGCGGCGCGUUAAAGAUGUAAUAUCUGAUUCAUAAAAGUGCACAAUUUAAAAAGAAAAGAAGAACUAAUAUCGAGGGGACACUAGAGAGGUGUCUGAUACUGUUAUAUAGUUGCGCUUUAAUAUCGAAACGAGGAACUUUCAUUUAUUAUAGAAAAAUUUCAUCGAUGUUCUCUUAGUUGCUAAAAGCAUUUUUAUAGGGAUAAUCGAUAUAACGUUUAACAAAUAUUGCGAUGAUUAUAAUUUGUAUAAAUUGUAUUAUUUUAUACGUGUAAAUUUGUGCCAAGUGAUGCGUAAAGAUAAUUAAGAAGUAUAUAGAUGAUUUUCUUUUUCUCUAUAUUAUUUCGUUUAAGGUUUUAUUAUUCUAUCUUUAGUUUUGUGCCAAAUCUUGUGUUUGUGUUUGUGUCAUAAAUGCCAAGGAUCGUCAUGUACAUUCGCAUAUAUUUCGAGAGGUUAAAACUUUUCACAAAAUAAAGAAACCAAUUAUAUAUAUUUAUUAUUUUAUUUAUUGAUACAUACUGUGCAGUACAAACGGGUUUGUAAAUUGUUAAUGUUUUCCCAAAAAUCAAAGGAACACAAGAAUUUUAUUCACAAAAGGCACAAAACAAAAGAACAGUAAAUAAUAUUGACAUAGUCCCACUUGUGCUAUUUUCAGACAAUCAAUUUCAUUUUAUAGCACAGUCAACAAGAAGAAAUCAAAAUUAUAAUCUUAUAAAUUAUGUACAAAAUAUAUUGCAAAUUCAGUAUGGAUAAGAUUUCAAUGGUACACUUGUAAUAGAAAAUUAAUGAUCCUUUAUAAUUGCAGAUAUGUUUACAAUUGCUAGGAAGAGUUCUAGUUGAUCCUUUCUAGUCACAUAACACAUUUGUAUGCUCCUUGAUGUUAUCAUUUUGGUAUCAAUUUAAGUAUAUAUAAAAUUUUUCCGAGAAAUGAAUUUACUUCAAUUAAGACACAUUUUUUUAAAUGUAUGCACCAAUAUAGUAAUGAGCUAAGAAACUAUCGUAAAUACUGAAGAAUGCUUAGAACCUCUAAGGAUCGAUAAUCAAAGUUUUGAGGUUAACUAUAAUGAUUAAACAAUUAUUUUAUAAAAAUGUUUUUUGUAGAAAUGUGACUAAUAAGGGUUUUUAACUUAAAGCAUAAGGCUGUAAAUGACAUUUUUGUUCGAUAUUUGUCCCAAAAUUUUCAACAAAUGUAAUUGUGUUACACAUGA